CUCGACAAGGCCACACUACUGGCUUCUACUCCUGAAGAAACGUCAACUGGUUCUUCGAGUGAUGAGGGUCUGCGUCGCCCGGGUUUGGCUCGCUCCCGUACCGCUCCCGCCGCUGCUGUGGCAAAGCCCAAGCCCACUCUCCAACCCGAAGUAGCACCCAAGGAGAGAAGGGCAGAAGUCACGACGUCUCAAAUUGGGCUCGCCAUCACGACUCUUUCAGGUAGCGAAUCCGACGCGAGUGACUCUGGCAAAGUGAGACUCACCAAAGGCUCCACCUCUAAAUCAAACGGCAGCAAUGGUCCCAAGCGUCUCGCGCGCCCACCUCCAAACCCAAUGGGCCGAAGCCGCAGCCAGAGUGUCAACUCCUCUCAAUCAAAGCUGCACAACCCCUUUGCUGAUCCAUCCGACUCCAUCUUGAACCAUAGCUCCGGAUCUAACUCGCAAGAGCUUGGUCUGGGCAGACGAGGUAGCGAGAAUACUAGCGAAGAGUCGUUAGCCGCUAUUAGGAGGAUCAGCCGCAAGUUCCCCGCUUUACCUAUGGCCGUUGAAACUGGCGGCAAGGUAGUCAGUUUGAGCGAGGUUAAAAAGACGCCUCCUUCGACAGAAGCUGGAUCCGCUUCUAAUUCAAGCUCCCGCAAGACCAGGAAUAGGUCGCUCUCACAACCCCAGCUCGUCAAACUUCCCGGCUCUUCAGCAAACAUUCACCCAAUCUCACCUACAAAUUCCACGGAUGGAGACGUGGCCAUCCGAACGAGAAGACGCCUGCGUACACACCUGGACAAUAUCUCUCCACCAACCUCUAUCGGUGGGACGGAGGAUUUGCAACAGAGUACGGGUACGGCAACCGCACCUUCUACAGCCACCUCUCUCUUCUCUGGACGUUUCACUGGUAACAUGACGAAUAGUCGUCAAGCAAGCAGAAGCCAAGAUGAACAAAAUUGGUCUCCUGUGACUCCGUAUACGGUUGAUAGCAUCUAUUCAGAUGACGAAUACUCAUCAAACGUGGUUACCGAACGUCCCAUUGGCCAUAUUGCACGUCGAGCUUUGGGAAUCGAAAAAUUCCUGGGCGAGGAAAAGGAGAAACUGGACGCGGUUUCUUCAGACGGACACGGCAACAACAAUGACCGCUUUGUCAAUGUUAUCAAACCCGAUGGAUCGAGACAUAACCCCAGUGUCCCUGUCGAUGUUUCCGAUAUACAAGCAUAUCGAGCAUCCGACGUCAUGUUCCUCUCGCCCACCUCGUCGACAUACAGAGUUCGGCCAAGGUCGAAUGUGGACUCGCUAUUCCCUAUGACCGUCUCCGCGAGGUCUACAAUGACACAGCCAUCGCCACGUCAGAGUCAACGAGGUAGAAAGCGAAGUGGGACUACCGAGUCGGACGCAGCCGCUCGAGAAGCCUUUGCGGCCGCAUGGCGUACUGUUGUUCCCAAUGUAGCUUCGCCUAGCGUCUCUGACCUCAAGAACGUCAAUUCUGUCAAAGUGAAAAAGACGCCGACUCUGAUCAUGCACCGACAGGUCUUGAGCGGAACUAGCAUGCUGGUCGAUGAAGGUUAUGCUACACACCCAACCACUAGCAUGACCAGCCUUGCGAUGAUGGAACCGGAAAGGGGACGUCAGAGGAGUGGAAGUAAAUCCUCAGAAGGGCCGAUGAACGAUCGGGAUCUCGUUAGGAAAGCGAGAAAGAUGAGGGCCGCGUCAGUAGACUCUGAAGUCUACUAG